AUGCGCCGUCUCUGGGUUCCGCACCCUCAGCUGGUGUGGGCCCCCUGCUGGCUUCACGAUAUCAUUGAUGGCAUUGCUACGUUUGCCACCGAAGAUGGUGAGGCCUUCGAAGUCGGGACACAGGGCAUCGAGGAUCUGGAAGAAGUGCAGCCCCAGCAGGUGGUCGGUGUUGACAAUGUCUGCCUGCUGGACACGGUAACGAAAGCUGCGUUGCUGCAGACUGUGCGGGCGCGGUUCAAGAAGCAAACCAUCCACACGUGGGUCUCGCGAAUCCUCCUGGCGGUCAAUCCAUUUCAGGCUUUGCCGCUGUACUCCUCCGAGAUGCUUGACAAGUACAGGUACGCUUCGGAACCACAGGUCUUGCCGCCACACGUCUUCUGCAUCGCAGCAGAUGCCCUGUCCAACUUGCAGAUCUCUCGCAAGGACCAGGCGAUUGUCAUCAAUGGGGAGUCCGGUGCAGGCAAAACAGAGUCCGCCAAGCUGGUCAUGUCCUAUGUGGCCGAGGCAACGAAAUCUUCCGAGACACAGAAACAAUCCCAAGGCUUCGAGGAGAAGGUUCUACGAACCAACCCAGUGAUGGAAGCUUUCGGGAACGCAAUGACGGUGCGGAACAACAACUCCUCCAGGUUUGUGAAAUGGUUGAACUUUCAGCUUGAGGACGACCGGCUCAUUGGGUGUGAGAUACAGCAGUACCUCUUGGAGGGGACCAGGGUGUGCAGCGUCGCAAAGGGCGAACGCACCUACCACGUUUUCUUCCAGAUGCUGCAGGCCCGGCGUCUGCCAUUGCUGGAGAAAUUGGAGUUGGAGGACCCCAGCUGCUACCAGUACACCAAAGCCGGCGAGUUUGCAGUUCCGGGCAUGGACGAUGUCCUUGGCUUCGAGGAGCUCCGCGAGGCCUUUGCUCCAUUGGGCAUUGACGACGCCAUGCAGGUCCAGAUCUUCCAAGUCCUUGCUGCGGUUUUGAACUUGGGCAACUGCACCUUCCGAGCCGAGCGCGAAGACAGGCUGGAGGUGCUCGAUGAAGGCCCUGUCCAACGAGCGGCCAAGCUCUUGAGCCUGCCGGUGGAGGAUCUGAAGAAGUGCAUGCUCGUUCGCAAGAUUGCAAUAGGGCGCGACAUCGUGGAGUCCCCUCAGCGAGAAGACCAGGCGAUUGCAAGCCGUGACAGCUUGAGCAAAUGCCUCUACAUGCAGCUGUUUGCUUGGGCAGUGGACACCCUCAACCGUACGCUGCAUGUCAAUGACGCGCCAGGGACGCCUGACAAGAAGCGACAGUACCUGGGUAUCCUUGACAUCGCUGGCUUCGAAUGCUUCGACCACAACUCCCUGGAGCAACUUCUCAUCAAUCUGUGCAAUGAACAUCUGCAGCAGUUCUUCAACACGUUCGUUUUCCGGUCAGAGCUGGACGAUUAUGCGAAAGAAGGCCUCAAGCUGGUGUGCGAUGUGCAGUUCAGAGACAAUGCUGACGUGCUUCAGCUGGUUGAUGGCCGCGGGGGCUUGUUGGACAUGUUGGACGAGGAGGUCGUGAUGCCGAAGGCCACGGACGAAUCCUUUGUUUCCAAAGUGAAGUCAGGUCACUCAAAACACCCGUGCUUCGUGCAGUCCAAGAUCAACAACAGAGUCAAGUUCGGCGUCAAGCAUUUCGCAGGAGAAGUAACCUACAACUGCGAGGGCUUUCUGAAGAAGAAUGCAGACAAACCGCCCGACGACUUUCUGCAGUUGCUGUCUUGUUCAGAGCUUGACCUUUUGAAGCAGCUGGCCAGGGAGCCCGGACAAGAGGCCAGCUCGCCGGUGUCACCAACGAAAUCCAACAAUCGGAAGCCCAAGUCUACGUCGUCCAAGUUUCGUUCCUCCCUGCGCGUGCUGAUUGGCAAGAUCAGCUCAUCGGAUCCACACUUCAUUCGGUGCAUCAAGCCCAAUGCUCAGAAGGUGCCUGGCCUCUUUGAUUCGAAGAUGGUGUUGGAGCAGCUGCUUUUCAGUGGAGUCUUGGAAGCAGUUCACAUUCGUCAGCAGGGGUAUGCUUCCCGCCUGUCAUACGGCGAUUUCUUCAGCAGGUAUGCUAGCCUGGGCUCCAGGGCUGCUCAGGGGAGUGCAAGCGACUUGGCUCGUCACCUCAAGGAGAAGUUGGCCUUAGACCUUGAAGUCGGGAAGAGCAAAGUGUUCAUGAAGGCCUCUGCGGCAAGUGUCCUGGAGAAGGAGCGUGGACUUAUGCGGGCGCGGAUGGCCAUCCGGCUUCAAGCCCUUGUGCGAGCCAGGAUCGCCAGAAGUCGAUUCUCUGCAGCUCGACCGGCGAUGAAGGCUCUCAUGAACUGCUUGAGGCGCAUUGGUUGGGACGCCAGAAAGCCGGAGACGGACCAGCCGGUUCCAAUAUUGGGAAGACUUGGUCCGGAUGUCAAGGCCUUCCUGACCGAACUGGAGCAAGCCGAAAGUGCCUUGCCGCACCUGCCAAGCUCAGACAGACUGCGAUCCACCUCCCAGGCUGCGUUUGGCCGACUGACCAAGGAGCAGCAAUGCUUGGAGCUACUGGAGGGUUUGGCCAAGAGCACAGACUUUGUCGAGAUUGAGAAAGCACUGGCAAGAGCAACCUCCUUGCAGCUACCACCCACGCCUCUGACCGAGGAGCACCUUCCGCUUCGUUGCAAGGCGUUGCAACUUCAGGUUCCACUGGUGGAGGCAUUGCGCUCGGCCUUGGACGAGAAAAACGUGGAGUCGCUGACGCGCAUCAUUGACGAGGUCGGGAAGAAAGGCUUGAAGCUGGAUCCUUCAGGGUGGCUCCCCGAGCUUGCAGUCGGCGACUUGCUCCAGCAGGUGGAUGCACAGCGCCUGCAGCAUCAGGAGCGACAAAUGCGAGACGCAGAGGCCAGGCGGCAGUUGGAGCAGAAGCAGCAACAGCAGGAGCAACAGCAGCAACGGCAAGCGCCAGCUGCUCAGCCGGCGCCAGCCGAGCCACCACAGGCUCCCGCGCCCACCGCUUCGGUCGGAAAGCAGGCGCCGGCGCCUUCCCAUCCUCCGCAGCCAUUGCAGACUGCACCGUCCCAGCCGGAAGAGUCCAAGAGGUCUCAAGCAGACAGUAGACGACGCCGGCCGACAAUCACAGGAUUCAGCAGCGUUCAGCAAGCACAGCUUCUUGCAAGCCUGCAACGAGCGGCGGAGAACUUGGACUCCGCGGCGCUGGAGCAGCUCCUACACGAGGCCACACGCAACGGCAUCGAGGCGGCCGAGCUGAAGGAGUACCACAAGAAGAUGUGCGACCUGCAGAGCGAGGCCUUCUUGAGGCAGGCUGUGGAGCAAGUCCUCGAGGAGGUGAAGGCGGAAUGUCCUCCAUCGAAUGCACUGCAAAAGCUGCAGAACCUCUCGCAUCAGCUGCGCGUGCUGCAUGGAGACGCGGAGCUCAUCAGAUCAGCCUCACAAGCUGUUCAGCAGGGCACCCGACGACGAACCAAAAGCAUUGCUCCCUCGGCACACAUGCGUCGGGCAAGCGCCUUCGAUGUCAAAAGCACAGAGGAGCUGCGUGUGGCACGCGAAGCCUUUGGUGACCUGAGCUCCUUCUCCAAACUGAAGAGCGAAGGCACCUGGAAAGGCCAUCGAAGCAGCCAGCUGCAUCAGCUGGAGUUGGCUCCGUUCAUUGGAAAGAUGCUGGGCCAUUCCAAGGUGACCAUCGCGGAGUCGCUAACACAUCUGCCGAAGUCCCGUGAGGCUGCUGCCGUUCAGACCUUUCGGAACAUUCUGAUUUGGAUGGGGGAUCGCCCUGCGCAAGAGUGCCAACGAAUUGCCAGCCGAGAGAGCGUCAUCAACUCUGUCAGUUCAGAUCCUCUCAUGCGCGAUGAAACCUUCGUCCAGAUCCUGAAGCAGCUGACUGGCAACCCAUCAGCGCGCUCUGAGUGGCUUGGUUGGCAGCUGCUCCUACAGCUGUGCCAUUUUACGCCACCAAGUGAUGAGUUGGAUGACUUCGUGCGGUUCUUCUGUGUGCAGAAAACGCACGCUGCGCCGCUGAGCUCCGGUGACGCGCGUGCCCUGGAGCUCGACCGCAUCGCAAGAGAAUGCAUGGAGGCAUUGACGGCUGCGGCGCCCGCCAAAGCCACAGACGACACAUCUGGGGACAUGGUUGGCGUGCUGGUCUACCUGAUAGAUGGUUCUUCGCAGAAUUUAUUCGUGCCGGUGGCAACGACUCUCAAAGACAUGUCUUCCUUAAUGGGAAGCAGAGUCGGCGUGAAGCACUGGCGGGAUUUUGCUUUCUUCCAAACAACUGGCAAGGGUGAGUCGCUCAGGAUGCUUCCAGACAUCCUUCCUGUCUCGGAGCUCAUUAGCAUGUGGCAGAAGAUCCGCGAGGCUACUGGCUUGACAGGGCACUUGCAUUGGCGGCGGCGGUUUCUGUGGCCUCAGGAGAUGCUCCAGGCUGGAGAUCUGCACCAUGCGGCUCUCACGUUCCGACAGGCUGUACGCAGCCACUUGCACCGACCAGCUCCGUGUCAGGCGGGGGCUGAGGCUGAGGAAAUGAUGACGGCAGCAGCCCUCUUGUGGUUGGAAAGUUACAACCCGCUGCAACAGAUUAAGGAUAAUGACAGGCUUGUUCACGAGCUCCUAAAGGGGCAGAUGAGCGGCUUGAAGCCGACGCAGCAGGAUGCUAUCAGGCAGCGGCUGCAAGCGAAGGUCAAGGACUUGCGAAAGGAAUAUGGGCCACGGGUUCCACAACUGCAACGAAUGACGCGAGCGUUUGCGUUGAUGCGUUGCUUCCCGCACUUUGGCACCCACCACUGGCCAGCAAAAGGAAUCUCCGCAGCCAAAGUUCAUGCUGCUGGAAACGCGGCGGUAAGCAAUCCGCCGGACAAGAAUUUGGUUCUGCACCUGCGGCAGACUGAGCCGGAGCUUUGGAUUUUCGUCGAUACCUUCGGCUUGCACUUGGCUCCGGCGCUGGCCAGUCACACAAGUGGGGCGGCGCUGUGGAGCUUUCUCUUCCAAGACACAGCUUCGUCUGGGGACAGCGAAGUGCAUAAUGAGACCAGUCCGAGUUCGCCGGCCACUGCGUAUUCUCGCAGGAGGUCUCUGAGCGAGAUGGCGUCCGACGAUGGUGCCACAACACCGUCUGUCAGACGGAACAUUCGACUGCCCAAGCAAUGCGGACGUUUGCUUCGAUGGGGAGCCAAGCCUGGUGCCUUGCAGCUGGUCGUGCACAGUGCUGACCUUGGACGGUCGGGUCCCAUCCUGCCUCAGCUGAUAAGCCUCGCUUGUCCGGAUGCCUUAGACGCUGCCUUUGUUGUACAUAGCGCGCUCUGUGAGCUCUUGCACCUGCCGACGACAUGUUCUUAA